UGGAGAACAUGUGCUGAGACCAAGCGCCAGGCAGGAGCAGCAGCAGGCUGGUGAAGAUGGAGAAUGGCACAGGCGACGAGCAGAACCACACUGGGCUGCUGCUGUCAAGCCAGGAGAUCAUUACAGCUGAAUACCAAGUGGUUACCAUCCUCUUGGUCCUCCUCAUCUGUGGACUGGGCAUCGUGGGCAACAUCAUGGUGGUCUUGGUAGUCCUCAGAACCAAACACAUGAGAACUCCCACUAACUGCUAUCUGGUGAGUCUGGCUGUGGCAGAUCUCAUGGUGCUUGUGGCUGCAGGACUACCCAAUAUCACUGAAAGUCUGUACAAAUCCUGGGUGUAUGGCUACGUGGGGUGCCUCUGCAUCACUUAUCUCCAAUACUUAGGGAUCAAUGCUUCUUCUUUUUCCAUCACUGCUUUCACCAUCGAGAGAUAUAUAGCUAUCUGCCACCCAAUCAAAGCUCAAUUCCUAUGCACAUUUUCAAGAGCUAAAAAGAUCAUUAUUUUUGUCUGGUCUUUCACCUCCAUAUACUGUAUGCUCUGGUUUUUCCUACUAGAUCUCAAUACAGCAGUCUACAAAGACACUACUGUUGUGUCUUGUGGCUACAAGGUGUCCAGGAGCUAUUACUCUCCUAUCUACAUGAUGGACUUUGGAAUAUUUUAUGUUUUACCAAUGGUAUUGGCAACUGUCCUCUAUGGACUGAUUGCUAGAAUACUGUUCCUGAAUCCCAUCCCUUCGGACCCUAAGGAAAACUCUAAGACAUGGAAGAAUGAUGUGGCUCACCAAAACAAGACUGUGAAUUCCAAGAUGACUAACAAGAGUUUCAAUAGCACUAUUGCUUCUAGAAGACAGGUUACCAAGAUGUUGGCUGUGGUGGUAGUCCUCUUUGCGUUUCUGUGGAUGCCUUAUCGAACACUGGUGGUUGUCAAUUCCUUUCUCUCCAGUCCCUUCCAAGAAAACUGGUUCCUGCUGUUUUGCAGAAUCUGUAUUUAUUUAAAUAGUGCCAUCAAUCCUGUAAUUUAUAAUCUCAUGUCUCAGAAAUUCAGAGCAGCCUUCAGGAAACUCUGCAACUGCCAUCUGAAACGGGACAAGAAACCUGCCAAUUACAGUGUGGUUCUAAAUUAUAACGUCAUCAAAGAGUCUGAUCACUUCAGCAGUGAACUAGAAGAUAUUACUGUCACCAAUACCUAUCUGUCCUCUGCAAAAACAUCCAUUGGUGACACAUGUUUGUCAUCUGAGGCCUGAGACACACCAUGUUCUGAGUAUGCAGUCAUACAAAUUCUUCAGAUGAUCUCUUUGCACCAACCUGUAUGACAUACUGAGCAUAAUGAGCAUUUCUGCUCACCAAAUAGCAGGAUUUACCUACAUACCUGUCAGUAUCAUGCAAGAAAACACAGUUUCUUGGGAAGUCAAAACAGUACAGUGCUGGAUGCAGUUGAAUGAAACACUAAACAAAACUUUAAGAGGUGAAUGGACUUCAGUGGAAUAUGCAAGUACUUCAGCUUGUAUUGUGAUCUCCAAAACAGCAAGGCUGCUCUUCAAAGUGACAGACAGUGAAACUGAGAGAAUUGCCCUCCUCCAUGCUGCUGUGUGUAGUGGAAGGACUCUCACCACAUCUCUGAGAACAGCCAUAACCACUACUUAUGACAGUAACUGUCCUCCAUUGACUCCAACCUCCCUCAGAAAUGCAGAUCUAAUUGUAGGUGUCAUAGCUUAAAAAAAAAAAAAAAAAUCUGAUGGCAAAGAGUAUGAAAUCUUUAUUUUUUUCUUCUACCUUGAACAGCAUGAAAUAGGAAGGCUUUUCAAUCAAUUCACAGCAGGGAAUAAGCAAAUUAAAGUAGGAAGCUUUCAGAAUUUUUCUUUCUUCAGCAAGCUAGAUUAGGGAUGGACCACUUGAAAUAAAUCUUGUCUGAACUUAAUAUAUAUUGAACGCUAUUCGGCAAGCUUUUACUAAUUAAUUUUGGCCUACUUCAGUAGUUGUCUCUGAGGCUGCUGGUAGGGUUUUAUAGCUUUGAUAAUGUCUAAAGAAAAGAAGAAAACACAGUAAAGAAGGCAGGUUUUUUUUUCAUUUUUCUUUUCAGAUAGUAUCCAAGAGAAAACACAAUGAAAUUAUUGCUACUUUUUCUCAAUGCUCCAAGUUCAUUGUAAUGUUUCCUCUACAUUAUCACCUUUUGCACUGUUUUUUAUGAUCUGGAGCCAGAAACAGAAGCUGAUAUUACAGGCAAUGAGUUUCUAUGCUGUGCUCACCUUCUGGACUCGGUCUGCAGUUGAUCCCACCAGCAGAGGGUGCUGAUCUCCGUGGCUUAUCCCAGUUCCCUGUGAGAAGCCACCAUCGCUUCCCAGUUGCGAUCUUAGCUACCUGCAUACUCUCCUCAUUGCUCCAGACCUGUUCGUGUUUGUGCUAUUAUGAGAACACAGACUCAAGACAAUGCCUGUGUGUUACUGUUUGCUAUGAACUCACACAGCUUUUGUGCGCAAUAUUUAAGAAGCUGUGAAAAAAAAAUUGUUCUACUCAAAAUCUAUCCAGCGUGGGCUAAAAGAAACCUCAGUAGCAUCAGUGGAGGGGUACAAGAGAGGCAAGUCAGCCAAGAAGUUGUGUAACUCAAAGUUACAUAUUUGUCGUGACCACUUUCAGAGUAGAUCAGGUUGAACUGGAACUCUUACAGGUUGACAACACCAGAAUUAAAUUAUAUCCUUCAUCUGCAUUCUUGCUCCAAAAGUAUCUCUGCUUUCUCAGCCUGUACUUCUUUUUCAAGGCCAUAUUCUGAGUAAGAUUUCAAAACAAGUCUGGAAUUCAUGUAUGCAAUUUCCUUUGCACCUUCACUUGCAGUAGCAAAAAAGUGAAUAAUAUCAGGCUGUACAAAAAUAAAUAACUAUGCAUACAAAAUUGUGUGCAUAAAGAUGAAUUGCAGAUGUAAGUUCAGGUGCAGUUUUAAUUCAUAAUUUAUUGUGAAUUUAAGGAUGUUAUUCUGAAAUACAUUCCAAUUUUACACUUACCCAUACAGCUGAACUAUGAAACUUCGGUAGAGAUCUUGCUGGUGUGACUUUAGAACUAAUACUAUGUUUGCUCUUCUGUAUAUAACAGCAACCAGCCAUUUUUCUUGUAUCUACACUGUACAUCAGAUAUGUGAGACUGCAUUUAAAAAUUUGUGUUUUUGUUUAUUAGUAAUAGUAUAGCAAACUUUUUUGCUAGAUGUGAUUAGAUGUCAACUACAGACUGAAGUAAUAUUAUUAUUUAGGUUCCUCUGUAACAUUUAGCUUGAAAGAAUUGUCUGAAAUAGAGCAAUAUUGAAAUCCAUGUCUGUAUCCUCAUUUCACGGCUUUGAUUUAAGAGAUGAUGUUCUUACUGCACUGUUAUUUGGAACUUCACUCAAUAACUGACAUAAGAAAACUGCUCUAGCAUUUUAUUUUGGAGCUACUGUGAAACAGUGAGAUGUUGCCAGCUUCAGUGCUGGCAAGGUGCAGAUGAGAAAGGUUUGAUACAUUUAAAACGCAGUAGUUGAAAUUAGUGCACAGCCUCCUGGCGGAAAGAGUUUAGGGUAUAUAUUAAAGCAGCUCCAAUAACAUUAUGGAGGGAUUUAUGAUACUGCUGUGGAAAUGAAUGGCGCAAAUCAACUGAUAAAGUUCUCACCAACUUCAUUUCACAGAAGUAUUGCCAAUACAGCUAAGAGCCUGAUGCUUCUUUAGAAGCUGCUGACUAGCUCUAGUGCUACACAGGAUCAACCACUCAGCUUUUGCAAGUAGAAAAACCUUCCUAAGUUGUUUUUAAAAAGCCGUUGUAAAGAACAAACCAAAAACAGAUUUGAGAGUUGUCACCAUGGAAAAAAAAAAAAAAAAGCAGCUUAUUAUUUCAAGAGUGUGCAAAGCUAAAUUGUUCUUUCAACAGUGCUGCGGAUACUUAUUUAUCUUUCAAUUACUGAAUAUUACUGAGUAUGAAUUCUGUCGUAUGUAACUGUUCUGUUACAAACUGCAGUGAAAUUUCAAAAUGAUCUUGCAGUACUUAGUAUUCGCUUUUUGAGAUGGAGUUUUAUUUGAUAUUUUGUUGUUUUCAGUACAAGGUUGUUUUCUUGCGAUACUUCAUUGUUAUUCAGCUGCAGUGGUACACUAAGUAGUAGUGAGUUUCAGCCUUUCUGACUCAGACACCAGAAUCCCAUCACUGUUGUACUGAAUUGUGAAAAUUUGUAUGGAAACCAUGGAAGAUCUGUCGAUCCUGAAGGAUUUUUUUUUUUCAUCUACCCAGAGUAACUCUGAAAUCAUUCUGUUACUAUGUGCGGCUUAUAAAAUUAUUACUAAUGUGAUCGUGAAAUUGUUCUGUGCAGAGUCUGUGAAGUGUACUGCUGAUAAAUAUAGUCCUCCAAAGCAGGAAGAACAAUUUUUGUUCAAAAUAAGCAUUUUGUAAUUAUUUGAUG